AUGUCAGACCUUGCUCACCACAAGGAAUACCAUGUGCGAGACUUGGCGACUCGAUCCGUUACACUCUUCCCCAACAGUGCCCAGGUUGUGAGGGACUUGCGUAACCUACCAUUGAAGCCCGGCACCAAUGAAAUCACCAUCCUCGGAUUGACUCCCACAGUCGACGAAUCUACCAUCAAGGUAGAUGGCGCUGGCUCCGCCGUAAUCACCGAUAUCGCCAUAGAGCUAGUUCUCAAUCGCGAGAUCUUCCAGGAUCUCUAUCCGGACUCUGACGACGACAUGUCAGACGCUGGCGCUGAUGACGAAGAAGAGGAAGUUGAGAGCGAAGAACUCCCCGCUCUCGAAAAGGUAAGAAACCGAAUCCGAGAGCUGCGAGAGGAGGAGCGCAGUGCAAAAGAAGCAGUCGAGAGCGCCGCCAGUCGUCUCAAGAUCCUCGACGCGUACGGAAAGUCCCUUGACCGCAAGAAAGGCAUCAUCAACAUUGCCGACAGCAUUGAAACCUAUCGGGCCGAGCGGGACCGAAUCUUCCAGGACCACGUAGCCGGCGUCACGCGCGGACAAGACAAUAUGAAGCGCCUCAACGCAUUCCUCAAGCAAGAGAAGCGGCUCGUCAAGCAACAAGAUAGAGAAAUAGCGGACGCGGCUCGUGCUAGAAAGAGAGCCCGGAAGGAACGAGAGAGGGAGAAGCAGACUGAUGCCAGGAGGCGACAGAAGUUUCAGAAGGAAAAGACUCGGGUUCGGCUGGAGCGGGAGCAGUUUUGGCCCAGGCAGUGCUACUCUGUUCGGGUGUCUCUCGAAGUCGCGGCGUUCACUCCUACAUCCUCCCGUCGGACAUCGGUGUCGAGUGAGACGGCCCAAGCUUGGCAAUCGACCCCAGAGAAGCCCGGUGAUGGCGAUGCCAUUGUGUGCGACCUCUCCUUGUCGUACGUCACCUCUUCCGCCUUCUGGGCUCCGAGUUACGAUUUGCAGCUGUUCACCACGAACAACACUGGCAUAUUGUGCUACGAUGCGCGGAUUACCAACAAGACGUCCGAGACAUGGAGCAACUGCAAAGUCGUCCUUUCGACGUCCCAAGCCACGUUUGCCGGGCUCGAGAACGCCAUACCGACUCUGAAGCCCUGGAACAUCAAGUUGGCGCCCAAAGACGGCACCACAGAGGGGGCUGAUAUCCUCGCCAGUCGGGAAGAGCGUCAGCAACGAAAUGAGUGGUGGCGGUUCCAGCAGACAAAGACGCACAGCCAUAGACAUCGCAGCCAUCUGUUCGGCGUAGAUCGCAACGCUGUCGCCAAUGACGGUGCAAACCUGGCGGACUACCAGCGGAGCCUCAUGAUACUCCGCCAGGAAUCGAACAACGCACCAAGCAUAAUACAACAAGCACGAGCCCAGCAGCAGAUGCAGCAGGCACAACAAAUGCAGCAGGCACAACAAAUGCAGCAGGCACAACAAAUGCCGACGCAGCAGAUGCUGCAGAUGCAGCAGGCACAAAUGCCGAUGCAGCAAAUGCCAAUGCAACAAAUGCAGCAAGCUCCCCCGCCACAUCCAGCGAGGUUCCCGGAACCAAUCCAAGACCCCAUGGCCGAAGCAUCCGAAGAAGAUGACAACCUCGAUUUCCAAGAGUCCACUAUUGAAGAAACGGGCUUCACCACGACCUACGACCUGCCCGGCGCGAAGACGCUACCCCCUCGCCCAACCGCGUCCAAGCAGCGCGUCGCCCGUAUCAACUUUUUCAACAUCGCCUUCAGCCAUACAAUCAUUGCCAAAUACAAGCCGGUGGCGUACCUCAAAGCCCGAAUCCGCAACAGCAGCCGCCUCACUUUGCUCCGGGCCGAAGCAGGCCUCACUCUCGACGGGACCUUUAUGGGCCGCAUUCAACUGCCACGCUGCAGCCCUGGCGACGUCUUCUCGUUGGGUCUCGGCAUCGACCCGGCGAUCAAGGUCAACUACCCCAAAGUGGACGUCCGACGAACGACGACGGGCCUCUUUUCCAAGGAAAACAGCUCGGUGUACAGCCGCAGCAUUACCGUCUUCAACUCUCGGGCUUCGGCGGGCAAGCCCGUCUCGCUGGUUGUGCUUGACCAGGUUCCCGUGUCGGAGGACGAGCGUCUCAAGGUCGAUAUCCUGGCACCAAAGGGGCUUGUGAUUGACGGGUCGGGGGUCUCUACUGGGCAGCCUGCUCGUGAGGGCAAGCAAGACGUCGAUUGGGGCCAGUCGACGGCCACGUUGAAGGGGCGGCAGGGCCAGGUGGAGUGGCAGGUGAAGCUCAAUGCUGGCAAGGCUGUGAAACUUGGCUUGGAGUACGUUGUUGCUCUUCCAUUGGGUGACUCGGCGACGGAGUGCUCUUGA